AACUGCAUUAAUUAAUAUCUUAUGUUCACUUGAAAAUACUAUAGUUUGUGUUUGAUUGUUUAAUCUCUUAUAAAUAUGAGACAAAAUUGCAUUCUCAAAUACCAGAUACAAAAAUUUAAUAUAUUAUAUUAAUAACAUUUGCCACUUAUUUCGAAAACAUUGUCACAAUGGCUCACACUUCUUCCCGAACUACUAUCGUAUUCAUUGUUGUUGCUUUGAUUUGUGCGUUCGUUCCUGCAUUCUCUGUUGAAGAAGCUGAAGCAAAAUCACUAUGGGAUACAUGUCUUCUUAAAAUCAGUCCAAAAUGUGCGUUGGAUAUAAUUGGUGUUGUCUUUGAAAAUUUAACCAUCACUGAUGCAUGUUGUCAUGAUCUUGUUCAAGAAGGAAAAAUGUGUCAUGAUACUCUUAUCAAAUAUAUUGCUGAGAAGCCGCAUUUAGUUGCCCACGAAACAGAGUAUUUGAAGAAAAGUGAUGAUUUGUGGACUCAUUGUGUCUCAAUUUCGCAAACUGCUUAAAAAUAUGUAUGCUUG